AUGGCUGCAUCUGGAAGCUCAAAGGCUAUAAUCCCCAUUUUCUCUGUUGAGAACUAUGAAUUUUGGAGGAUUAAGAUGGUUACCAUAUUCAAAUCAUAUGGUUUGUGGAGUUUGGUAGAGAAGGGAUUUUCAAUCCCGGAUUCAAAGAAGAAGAAGGAAUCUGAGGAUAUUUCAGAAGAAGAAGUUGAUGAGAAAACAGCUGCGAUUCUCAUGAAGGAUGCGAAAGCAUUGGGUAUCAUCCAAAAUGUCGUUUCUGACCAGAUUUUUCCACGGAUUGCUAAUGCAGAUUCUGCAAAGAUGGCUUGGGAAUUGUUAUAUGCUGAAUAUCAUGGUGGAGAGCAUGUCAGAUUGGUAAAACUUCAAAACCUCAUACGUGAAUUUGAGUAUACUAGGAUGCGUGAUAACGAAUCCUUAUCUGACUAUCUUACUAGACUGACCGAAUUGAUUAACCAAAUGAAAACAUUUGGUGAAGUUCUGUCAAAUGAGAGGCAGGUUCAAAAGGUUUUAAUUAGUCUUAGUAAGAAGUAUGAUCCUAUCUUCCCUGUGAUUGAAAAUAGAAAAGCACUAGAAACUGUGGAGUUGCAGGAAGUGAUUGUUAUUUUGAAGAGUCAAGAGCAAAGGCAUGAAAUGCAUAAUGUUGAUACACAUGAAAAAGCAUUUGCCUCAUUCACUGUGAGUUCCAAAGGUCAGAAUAAAAAUGGAUCUCAGUCUGGUUCAUCCAAGUCACAGGGAAGUUGGAAUUCUAAAGGAAAGCCAUGGGAAUCAAAAGGCAAGUCACAGCAGAGCAGUUAUCCUGCACAGAAUGUCAAUUACACAAACCAGGAGAAUACUAAACCUCAAUGCAAGGUGUGUUCAAAGCAUCAUUUUGGUGAGUGCAGGUACAAGGGAAAACCAAAAUGCUAUAACUAUGACAGAUUUGGACAUUUUGCUAGGGACUGCACUGUGAGUAAGAAUGUGCAGAAGGAAAAUUGUGUAAACCAAAUGGAUGUGACAGGGAAUCUGUUUUAUGCCAAUUGCACAACCACUGAGAUCAAAGCCAAUGAAGAAUGGAAAUACAUCAGAGAGGUAAUGUAUCUGCCAGGGUUGAAGGAAAACCUACUCAAUGUUGGGCAAAUGGAUCAACAUGGAUACUGUCUGGUGUUUGGAGAAGGAAUGUGCAGGGUGUUUGAUAGUCCAUCUAUGGAUUAUCUAAUCAUCAAAGUUCCAAUGAAGAGUAACAGAUGCUAUCCGGUAUCUUUUCUUGCUGACAACCAACUUCUCAUGAAAACUAGUUUCACUCAAUUCACAUGGAUGUGGCAUAAGAGACUAGGUCACUUACAUUUUAAAGGUCUGAAACAGUUAAGAGAGAAAGGCAUGGUGCAUGGUUUACCACAAUUGGAAGAACAAAGUGGUGUGUGUGAAGGGUGCCAAUUGGGAAAACAACACAGGGUUGUGUUUCCAAAGGAACAAGCUCAAAGAGCAAGCAAGGCACUUGAAUUAGUGCAUAUAGAUCUGUGUGGCCCUAUAAGAAAUGAAUCUGUUGCAAAGAAUAGAUAUUUCAUGUUGCUUAUUGAUGACUUCACAAGGAUGAUUUGGGUUUACUUCUUGAGAAACAAGUCAGAAGCCUUCAGUUGUUUCAAGAAGUUCAAAUCAAUGACUGAACUACAAACUGGACACAAAGUGAAAUGCAUCAGAAGUGACAGAGGUGGAGAGUUUCCGUCUGCAGAAUUUGUGGAGUUUUGUGAAGCUCAAGGCAUCCAAAGGCAACUCACAAUGGCCUAUACUCCUCAGCAAAAUGGAGUGGUAGAGAGGAAGAAUAUGACUGUUAUUGAAAUGGCCAAAUCAAUGUGUCCUACCAAAGCCCUCAGCAACAUCACUCCAUUUGAAGCAUAUAGUGGAAGGAAACCUGGAAUUGCACAUCUUAAAAUAUUCGGUUCUUUGUGUUAUGUUCAUGUGCCAGAUGAAUUGAGACACAAGCUGGAACCCAAGAGUACAAAAGAGGUGUUUGUAGGAUAUGCAAUUUGUGAAAAAGGUUAUAGGAUCUUUGAUCCAAUUUCUAACAAGCUGGUAUUGUCAAGAGAUGUGACAUUUGAUGAAGAAGGUGUGUGGAAGUGGACAUAUAACAAUGGUUCAGACAUGCCAUCAUACUCAGUUGGAAAUCAAGUAGAUUUCGAUGCAAAUUCUGGAAGUUCAUAUGACAAUGAUGUGGCUACACCUCAAACUCAGAAUCUGCAGGAAGGAAUUUUGUCAACUUCACAUCACACUCCAAGUGAUAUAAGUAGUGAAGAAAGGAGAACUCAAGCCUAUGAUCAUUCUCCAUUAAAGUGGAGGAGAUUAGAUGAUGUGUUGGCACAAUGUAACUUGUGCAUCAUAGAACCAGAAAACUAUGCAGAUGCUACUAAGGAUGAAUCUUGGCUUAAGGCUAUGCAAGAUGAACUGCAGAUGAUUGAAAAGAAUGGAACAUGGAAAUUGGUGGACAGACCAUCUGAAAAACCAGUGAUUGGAGUUAAGUGGGUCUAUAAGACAAAGCUAAAUUUGGAUGGUUCAGUUCAAAAGAAUAAAGCAAGGUUAGUUGCCAAAGGAUAUGCUCAGAAGCCUGGGCUGGAUUACAAUGAAACAUAUGCACCCAUAUGCUCAGAAGCUGAGUACAUUAGUGCAGCAGAGGCUAUUACACAGGCCAUUUGGCUACUAUUUGUGCUAGAGGAUUUUGGACAGCUUCAAACUGAAGCUACUCCUUUGCAUUGUGAUAACAUCUCAGCAAUAGCAAUCACUAAGAAUCCUGUAUUCCACCAGAAGACAAAGCAUAUUGACAGGAAAUACCAUUUCAUCAAGGAUGCUUUGCAAGAAGGAGUUAUUAAUCUGGAAUAUUGUCCCACGAAUGAGCAACCGGCUGACAUCUUCACCAAACCCUUGGCCAAAGAUCGAUUCAAUUAUCUCAGAGGCAUGCUUGGAGUGAAAUCAGCUCAAGACUUACAGGGGAGUGUUGAAUUAUAA